AGAUAAGGUAGGAGAUAGGCUGUAAGGAAGUGGGGGAAAAUAAAGGUACCUGUGUGUACAAGUCGAAAUAAAGUGGGAAAGUGUGUUUGCAAUUCGGUACUCAAGUGUUUUCUUGGUCGUGACUGGUAACGCGCAUAUGCCGACCCUGACGCAGUGAAGAAGGGGGUCUCAUAGAUGUCGAAUAGGGGAAGGCCCCAUUAGUUACAAAGUCACCUGCAUCGAUAGGUCCCCAUAUCAUGCUAGUGAUUCUACUGUAGUUUGCUAAGAUGAGUGCGGAAACGGAUUGUUCCGGUGUUACGUUUUAGUAUAUUCUGUUGUAAAUUGGCAUAAUUACAUUCAUAAUCAGUUAAACUAGCCACACUCGGAGGAAAAGCAAACCCUCAAAUAAUGCCCACUCGAACUUACAUGCCAACCGCCAAUUUAAAUUGCACCCCGUUAGACCGACAAACGCUUAUGCCGACAAGCCCGACGCUGCUGUCAAUCAAGCAAAGCGGCGCGACGAACGCCGCCAACACACAUACUGCUGCAUCGGGUUCAGAAAACACAAAACUUCUGAUCUGCCGCCACGUCACCGCAAAGCAUCACUACACAAAAGUUGUUCGAUAGUGUCGGGUGUGCUCAUCGUGUGUGGAUCGUUUAGCAUCCACGAACAAAUAGAGAAGGUGAAAAUCAAAGACGGUUAAGUUGGGAGGUCGAGCAGAACCACACGGGAAUGGUUGCCGUGUCCCAUACGGCACGGUGAAGCACGGACGACACGCCUGGCAUCGAACAAUCGACAAAAGCACACUCUGGAUCGCCACGUGUCUGGAAAGAAACGAAGCUCUCGAUCGAUCCGAAGCAGCAGGCCAAACGGUGCGGACAGCACGAGAAAAAUCAAAAACCCCUCUGGGGUUUUUAUGUCGCACUGGAUUGCGUCACACCAUCGCUUUUCGGAGGCGGUAAUCACCGGCCAAGGUGCACGCAAGGCCAGGCAGCUUCGAUCGGACCAGCAGACCGGAAUCAGUUCCCUCGGACGGAUCAGCGGAAGCAGGAGCUACAGUUCGGAGAAAGAGCACUCUCGGCUGGCAUCACCCGAGAAAGGAUCGCCGACAGGCGGCUUCGGAAGAGGCCUACGAACACAGGGCAUCGCUGUUGAAGUGAGGUUAUGCUCCGGAUGUAACAUCACGGGAAGAAGGCCGUCGGUUCAGAACUGCGAGUGCGAAAGGCGUCGGAAAGAGGCACGUUCCGAAGAGUUCCGGAUUCGAGCGAAGCGUCGAGAGGAACAAACACGGUGCUGGGCAGAUAUCACGGGUGACGUGGCGCAGUGAGGAGAAGCACGUUUGCCGAAUGUGCUCGGCUGGCGACGGCGGGCAGGAAGAACCAAAGUGUGGAAUGUUACUUUGGUACCGUGAGUACCCGCUAGAUUUAAGUAAAAUGAGAGGAUAAAGGUAGCGUCAGGUCGUUAGGAGAUAGUGCAGCAGGAGAGCAGGAUGAUUUCUGCAAAAUAUAUGUGUGGAAAAAUGUGAUUAUGCCUUUUGAUUAGUUGGUGCGAUAGCCCUCCAGUGUCUGUGCUCUUUUGGCUCUUUGUUUAGUCGCUCUACCGAGCCGGGAAUAUCACAACAUUGGCGCCCAACAAAACGAACCAUUUUAGUUUGUGGUUUGUAGAUUUUAGAAUUUGUGUUCUGUUUGUAGCACAAUUCUGUUAUUUUGUAGCACAUUUGUAGAACCUACCACUUUUUUAGUUUUUGUCUAGUUGACUAAUUAAGACCUUUUGGAUCAUGGAUCCAGCAAGCCUAUCAGAAGAAGAGAUCAGUUACGAACUGGCCUUGCGCCACGUGAACAAUCUCGGAGCACUUCCUCGCAGGGCAAGAGCAGUUCGCUUGCGUGCUCUUAUGCAGGAAGAUGAAAUAAAAGGAAUACUUUACGACAAUUCCUCCCAUGUUAUGGAUGUGGGGGACAAUAUCAGUCAAUGUCAAACUCGCGUGCGCGAAUUAAUACCCGAAGUGGAAGCAGCAUUGAAGCGCGGUGAUCUCCCAGCAGUUCGUUUACUACGGUCACGGUUAGUGCACUAUCGGGACAGACUAUCCAUCGUGGAUCCACCGGUAGCUUUCCUCGACACACACGCAGCCGUGGCGCUUUUAGUGCAGUUUUCCCUGGAAGAUGUGGACGAUGCGCUAGGAAGAACGAAGAAAAGUGCCAGACCAGUGAACAGUGACUGUGCCAACAGAAGCAGUACCGGUGCAGUUCCAAAAGGAACCACACAAUCUUCGACCGUGACUGAAGGAGACUUCCUAGGAUUCGACGAGAAUGGAAAUCCAGUCAACCAUUCGGGUACAUCGAAUCAAGCGUCCAUCAUCCACGCUGAUCGACAACAGCGACAUACAGCAUCUCCAGUGACCGAUCCGACAGCAGCUAGACCUCAACGCGACAGCUCAACACUCCACGACAACGAGAGAGGCGCUGCAUCGUUAGAAGCCAUGCGUACCACGCGAGGAAGAGGUUGGAGCGCGGUUGGUCAGCGAGUCGUCCCGAACAACAGGUUUGAAGCGCAGAAAAACUCCAGCUGGCGAGAACCAACAAUGGGCAGCACCAUUCCACCACCGCCAUAUGAACCGAUAAGAACCGAAGCGGGCGAAGCUGAUGCGAGAGGUGACUACAACCAACUGCGGGCCGAUCUACUGCGACAGCUGAACUACAGGCCGCAAGAACACGUUCCAAGACCGCUGUUAGAAGAAAGAAGAACGUUGAAGGCCAUCCAUAACUGGCCGUUCAGAUAUAAAGGCGAGAAGGAUGGGUCGUCGCUGAACACCUUUCUGCAACGUGUGGAAAUUUUCGCUGCAUCGGAAGGAUUAACGGAGGAUGUGCUGCUAAGGAACGUCAAACAUCUGCUUCUGGACGACGCGCUCAACUGGUACAGCAGUGUUUACGUGUCGGGAGAGUUGGUAUCCUGGGACGAUUUCAAGCGGCUGAUCAGGCAAGAAUUCUUGCCGGCGAGCUACGCCUACAUUCUGCGGGCCGAAGCAUACCACCGCUUGCAGGGCGAAGAAGAGCCGUUCUCCAAAUUCUACCAGGAUAUAUCCACUCUCUUCCAAUACGUGGAUCCGCCGGUGACAGAUCAAGAGAAACUGUUCAUCAUCAAGAAGAACAUGAACUCAACGUACGCUCCGAUUGCUGCAUCACACCAUUCCAUACGUCUGCUGGUGAAGGCGUGCAAGGAACUAGACGAACUCCGGAAACUACAGCAUCAUCAGCGACGGAUCUCGCUACCGUACGGGGCACUGAUUGAACCAGCGCUGGCUACACCGAACUCUUCGCUACGCUCAUCGAAGCCGCAACAGCCGCUCCAAAGGUUUGGAAAGGUCCACGCUUUGGAAACGGAAAGCUUUCACAGCUAUGGAGAGAGCAGUUCGCAAACAGCCUACGGUGCAGAAGCAGAACAAGUGUCGCAGGACGAAGAAAAGUUGGAUCAGCGGAUGGAAGUCCUGUUACAACAGGUGAAUGCGUUGAAGCUGAGAUUCGACCGUCGAGAAGCAGUAGGAAGACAGUCGCCCAACCAACAGUUCCCACAAAUGCCAGCGAACAAUCCUAACAACCAUCGCCAAGUUCCUGAAGCAAACAACGCUCGCGAUCCACCGGCGGCGAUGAUUUGCUGGAACUGUGACGAAGGGGGACACCGGUUCAUGGACUGCGCCAAACCCCAGGCAGUACUGUUCUGCUAUCGCUGUGGACAAAAGGGAUUCUCGUUGCGAAGUUGCCCGACCUGUCUUCAACGCUCGGGAAACGCGCAAGCGGGGAGCCAGUAACAGAG